AUGAACGUGACCGUAGAGACAGGAUAUUGUAGAAUGGGUUCCAGAGUUGACUAUAGUGAUUAUAAAGUUCUUGAUCAGGACCGCUCCAAGUAUACAGUGACCUACUCAAACAUAGACAGAAUGGAUUUUUCUAGACACGAAGACUCUACAAAAAAAAGGGCUGCAGUGAGCCGCCCUGGCCCCAACCCAGGCAGAGUGAAGCGGGUGGUGUCUUGUAAGAGGAAGACCCAUCAUCUCACUGCGGUUCGGAAGAAAGCUCCAGGACCAGGCAGGCCUCAUGUCGUAGCUAACAAGGAGAACGAACUGAACAUGACGGACGUGGAGCACAGGAUAUUUUGCAUGGAACCCUGGGAUUUGUCACAGGAUAAACACAGAACUGGAAGAACUGGUCCUGAGCCGCCUGAUUACACUUUGCUCUCGGAGAUCUCCAGAGAUCACAGCUGCAUGACAAAUAUCCUAUUUUCAAGAAACUUACGACUCAAAGUGGCGUUCACACUGUGGAAGAGAAACGUGGGAGAGCUGCUCACAUUUUUCCUGAAAAUACAAGACGUGGGCGUGUUUGUUGACUUUCUCCCAGUGAUAACCAAAAGUAUAACUGAGGACCCUCCGACCGUUUCUAUUGGCUGCUGCGUCGACCUAUUUCCAUUGGUUAAGAAAGUCCUUGCUAACCCCUUUGAAGAGUACAUCAUAGUUGGUUUGAAGUGGAUACAUUCAGUUCUGAAAAACUGGUGGGAGGAGCUAAGAGAAGGUGGACUUGGUGGAUGCAGCAAAAGGCCCCUGGAUAAGAACUUUGGGAUCUUUAACCAGCAGCUGCUAGAACUGUGGCAUCAGGAACCGCUACUGAAAUCUGUGCCAGGAUCAGCUGGAGCCAUGGCAACGGCCAUUGAUUCAUACAUUUCACAGUUACCGUGUGGGGACAAGGCUUUCUCGUUCUGCCUGAUUUCUGAUACAUGUGGCCCCAUACGAGAGUGA